AUUAUUAUUUGUAAUUGUAACUAAAUCAUACUUUCAUUGUUAUGCUUUGCACAUAAUUGAAAAAUUAUAUAAGUAGCUAUAUAUAUCCCCUUCUUAAUAAACAGGACAAGUGAAGAUCUUGUCAAGAACACACAGUUUUCAUGUCUUGAUUGAUUGUGAUCCAAAAUUUGUUGAUUCCCAAUGGCUUCCACUUCCAAGCUUCUUCUUGGCUCAUCAUUAUUUCCUCAUCCUACUCCAUCAUCUCUUUCCAUCACAACUGGUUCAAUUGCAAGAAGAGCUUUAUGGCACAAGAAGAGAAAACUCCAAUCCUUGGAGCAUAACUGGAACCAUUCUUACAAAUUCAUUCAUGGAGGAUCCACACCUCAUAAACCCAAGACACGAAAUUUUCUUAUGAAAGCAACUUCUGAACCGUUUGAUACACAAACCAUUUGGAAGUCUACCAAAGAUAUCUUGCAUACUGUCCAAAAGUUUACUAUAUCUUAUUAUUUAAUUACUGUGAUAAUGUGCAUAUCUUCGACAUCGGUCCUUGCAGUGGAAAAUUUAUCAGAUAUAUCUCCAAAAUUUUUUAUUGGCUUAUUCAAGUUUAUCAUACCUAUCAUCUUCAUGCAUUGGUAUACAGUUGGCAUUAAUCAAUUAGUUGAUGUUGAAAUAGACAAGAUUAACAAGCCAUAUCGUCCUUUGGUAUCUGGAAAAAUUUCAUACAAAACUGGAGUCAUUAUCUCUAUAUCAUGUUUAUUUAUGGGUUUUGGACUUGGGUGGAUAACAAAAUCAAAGCCAUUGCUUUGGUGUCUCGUUAUGUAUUUUGUGGCAAUGACAGGUUAUUCAAUUAAUUUGCCACUUUUAAGAUGGAAGAAAUUUACAAUUCCUACACUAUUGUCAACUGUACCACCUAUGCUAAUAGCAAAUAACAUUGCACCUUUUCUUCAUAUGAAGGACAUACCUGACAUUGAAGGAGACACAGCUGCAGGUUUACAAAAUUUGUCCAUACGCUUAGGUCCAAAGCGGGUAUUCUGGUUGUGUGUUUUACUUCUUGAAAUGGGUUAUGGAAUUGCCAUUAUCAUGGGAGCAACAUCUUCCUUCUUAUGGAGUAAAAUUGUUACGGUGAUAGCACAUGGCAUCAUGGCUUUGAUCUUUUGGUACCGUGCUAAUUCGGUAGAUUUAAAGAGCAAAGAUGCUUCCCAAUCCUUUUAUAUGUUUAUCUUUAAGCUUCUUUGUGUGGAGAACAUCCUUAUACUUCUCGUGAGAUGAAGAUGCAGAUGAAUUAUUCAUAUAAUAAAUAGUGCAAACUUUUCUGCUACAUAUCGUGGUUCAAUAAAUAAUUUUGUAGAUAUAUAGUUAUUCAGGUUGAUUAUAUAUUUUUAUAUAUAUAAACUUGUUAGUAAUUAUUGUUUUUCGUCAACAACUUUGCUUUAAUAUCAAAUGGAAAAUAUUUGGAUGUAUGUUUUACGAUUUUGAAUAGGAAAACUUCCAUCACACAUAUGCAUAAAUAACGGAAAAACAUCUAAGGACAAAAUUCCAAAAAUUCAUUGCAUGAAACUAGCUUUUCAAUCAAGAACAAGUACAUUUAUAAUGUGAACUUGAAAAAUACUAUAUAAUCAUAUGGAGUCAUGAAUUAUCAAGAGAGGCACA